AUGUUGGACUCAGUGACCCACAGCACCUUCCUACCCAACACAUCCUUCUGUGACCCCCUGAUGUCGUGGACAGACUUGUUUGGCACUGAAGAAUACUACCCUGGCUUUGAGCAUCAAACAGCCUGUGAUUCCUACUGGACAUCUGUCCCCCCAGAGUACUGGACGAAGCGCCAUGUCUGGGAGUGGCUCCAGUUCUGCUGUGACCAGUACAAGUUGGACGCCAAUUGUAUUUCUUUCUGCCAUUUCAACAUAAGUGGUCUUCAGCUGUGUAGCAUGAGCCAGGAGGAGUUCGUGGAUGCAGCUGGAAUCUGCGGGGAAUAUUUGUACUUCAUUCUCCAGAACAUCCGCACACAAGGCUAUUCCUUUUUUAAUGAUGUUGAUGAAAGCAAGGCCUCGAUCAAAGACUCUCCUGACUCAUCGUGUUUGAAAGUGGGAGGCAUCAAAAACCAGGAAAGCCAUAAUCAUGGCAGAUCAAGCCUCCAGAGUUCUCACCUGUGGGAAUUUGUGAGAGACCUCCUCCUGUCUCCCGAAGAGAAUUGCGGCAUUUUGGAAUGGGAGGAUCGGGAACAGGGUAUUUUUCGGGUGGUGAAAUCAGAAGCCCUGGCCAAGAUGUGGGGACAAAGGAAGAAAAAUGAUAGAAUGACAUAUGAAAAGCUGAGCCGAGCCUUGAGAUACUACUACAAAACAGGAAUUUUGGAGCGGGUAGACAGAAGGUUAGUGUACAAAUUUGGGAAAAAUGCACACGGCUGGCAGGAAGACAAGCUAUGAUUGGCUUCGCUCCUCAGUCUCGCUUUAUGGAUUCUUCCCCCUCUAAGAAGAUCAUCUUGGGACAGACAUCUGAAUGUCUUUUUUUUUUUUUCAAAACCUCCAUACAUUCUAGUGAAAUUUCUCCACAUCGCA